GCAAAGAUUGUUGAGAGAGCCCGUGGUGAAGAGCUUCUUUCUCUAAAAAGUUUCUCUCUAGAGAUUUGUCAAGACAAGAUGGCAGGUGUUGCAAUUGUUCAGAUGCAAAAUGAUAUUAAUUCUAUGAAGGAUGAUGUGAAGUUUGUGAAAGAUAAAAUCAGUUCGUAUGAAACUGAUAUUAAAAGUAUUAUUGAUAGUAUUAAGGAUUUAAAGGAUACAGUGGACAAAAAUGGUAAAGAUUUAAAUCAAAGCAUUCAGAAUAUAUCUACAGGAACAUCUCCUGGUGCUGGUUCAGGAGGACCUUCUACAUUGCCACCUAAUGCAAGCCUUGCUGACAUAGUGAAGUUUCUGAAUGAGUUGCAUGCAACUUUGGUUAACAAUAAAGUUAUUUGAUGACAACACUCUUCAAAGCCUUUUGAAUUGUUCACAAUUUCAUAAAGAUGGAAGUCUUGGGAUAAGGCUAGUUGCAUCAGCAAGAGUCAGCUUGUGUUGUGUUAUUCUAGGGGAAGAUUUUACCCUUACUCAUGUUAAGGUAUCAUGGUUUUCCUUUUCUUUUUGUUUGAAUGUGUCUGUUUGUGCUUACACUGCUGGUGGACUUUGUCUAGACUCAGGUUUGUUAGUUUUUAUUGUGUCCAGUCUUGGGUUUGUUUAACUGCUAUCUGUUGUACCUUUGUCCCUCAUUUAUUUUAAUCUACGUGGUUUGUCAACCUUACAAGAAGAAAAAAGAAAGAAAGAAAAUGAUACGACCUCCAGGUCGCACCGCACAAGAGCACCGUUCGAGCCGGUGUGAGCUCCUAGAACAGGGGAAAAAGAAAGUUGAAGGAGAAAGGAUGCUCUCCCAAAAUCCAGUAAUUCAUUUCAUACCCUUCUGAUAACCCCAACCUUGAAUAUAACCCCAGCAACUACAGAGACGACAGACAACACUCUGCCCA